UGAGUCGUACGAAAAUGUCAAAGCGCGUCGCGUACAGAACCCUCGGAAGUAAAAGUCUCGAUUAGCUAAAUUGGUCGGAGCGCCAUCUCGACUAAACACUAUCAAGGAGAUAUUGCAUAGACACUCCACGAAGCCAUUCGUCCCAGUAUCAUAGCCGGCAUUGAAAAGCCUUUUCCCUGGGCGAUUGGAACAGCCUAUUUCCGGCUGAGUAUGGAAAGAGAUUGGGACAGAAGUCGAGACCGGGCCAUGAGUGGUGAGACGUAUCGUCCGUCUCAGCGUAUUGGACGGCCUUUUCCUCCUCGCGACCACUUUCGUUCAAAUCGUCCAUCGUCGGUGAGAAAUUGGUCUCCGCCAGCCGGCGAUAGUUAUGUCCCAGCAGGGAGUAUGAGGGAUAGUAUCCGUUCCCGUGGUCGAUCACCAGGCCCUUUUCGUCGAGAAUCACGCAGUCCCCAUUUUCGAAAUAAAGAGGUCGGAACUACUUGGAGAGAGCGACCUAGAUCGCCUUUACCACGAAGAUGGUCUCCACGGCGGGAGUCGAACAGAUGGAACGAUCGACAGCGUUCCCCUUCAAGAAGUGGUAUUAUGCGCACGAGGUCUCCAUACAGUGGCUCGGGAGGACGAUCACCCAGAACUGCUCCUUUGAAACGCGAAAGGUCUCUUGUAGAAGAUCGGCCCAUCCGCUCCCCUCCUUCCAAAAGAGAAAGAUUCGCUUCACCUCCGAGAGGACGUUCCGACAGACCUCUUUCUCCGGUGAGGCGUCAAUACUCCCCUGCUCGGAAGGGAAGGUAUUCGCCAUAUCUUGACACUCGCCCAAAUAGGCGCUCUCCAUCCCGAUCCCCCGUCUCCCGCGAGGACCGUCUCGAAACACAAGCCGGCGGGUUUCGGAGGCGCCGCUCACCAUCACCUCUCAGCCGAAACAUGCGUUCCGACUACCGAUCAGAGCACUCCUCUGGCAGAGAUUCUACAAGCUCAUCCCGACGCUCGCCGCCUAUCCAUCCCAGCAGACGUGCCCUGCAACAACCCACAACAUCGGAUGUUCGAUCUUCAGCUUGGUCAGCUACUCAUCGCCCUGCCCAUUCAUCUAAAUUCCCGCCACGUUCGCCUCAUACUCAAUCCCCCCGUGUAUCGCGGUCUCCCGUACGCGAAAGGUCAUUACCGCCACGGCGGCGCCGGUCGCGGCCGCGCUCCCCUCCCCGAGGUCCCACUGGCUAUCGAUCUCCGCUGAGAGGGGAUGACUCACCUUCAGGAUAUGCUGUUGACGCGUCUGCUGGUGGCAUGGUGGGGGAUAGACAGGUUUCUCCUGGCAUGGCAGGCGCUCCGUUUCGAAGUGGGGAUCUUUCCAGGGCCCAAUCUCCGACGGAUGCUUCAGUUGGUGGCCCCAGAGAUGCUGUCUUAACCGGGACGCGCUCGCCGCCAUCCGGUCCGUCAGUACCAUUUUCUAUGCCAGCUCACAGUCGUUUGAAUACCGUUUCUGUGCUAUCGGCCCCUUCUCAGCCCCGCGCCGGUCCAAAUUCUCGUUUUCCAAGAGAUAGCUCAAGAGAAUCUUUCUUGCCCCCCACCUAUCCAACAUCGCGUCGGCCUCCGUCAUCUCAUCGGCCGGGAUUCUCCCGAGGGGGUCAUCGAAUCACAUCUGGUCCUUACGAGCCACAUUCAAGAUCCCCAGGCCAGGCACCUCCAAGCGCUGUUCCCACUGGACCGCGUUCAUCCCGCGGUCCAACCGUGCCAUCCUUUUCUCAACCUCAACCCUACCGUCCUUCCCAUAGUACUACAGCAACCACCUACCCUCGCACUCAGCAUUUCACUCAUCAUCUCUCAACUAUCCCUGCUCUUGUUCCGGGAGGAAAAAUUCUCCCGUCGAUCUUGAAGCCCGAGGUAGUCGAAAAGUUGACGAGGUUAGAGGAGGAAAAGAGAAAACUCAUGGAUCUAAUCGACGAUAAAAUGAUUAAGAAGAGACUUCUUUUGAGGGAUUGGGAGCGUCUCGAGCGAGAAAGUGCACGAGAAGGACUCAAAAGUGACCUUGCUGAGCAGCAACUGAGUAUUAUGACUGAUGAAGGUGGCCUUGGGGGCUCGGCUUUCUGAGAGCCAGCGAUCAAUAGUGCACAGGUGGGGAACAAUCAAGACCUUCAACUUCGAGUCGAGAGAGUGUGGGAUGAGAAUACUACCUUCAAAAAAAUUUGUCUUAUUUCGACGGCGUUAAGAAAGGAUAUCCGUGAGGUUUGAAAGGAUCCUGUUUUUGGUGGCAUUUAAUUGCGUCGCGACAUUUUCCCUUCGGCGAGCCUUGGCGUUUUCUUGAUGCUUCUACUCUGCAUUUCAUCAACUCUGUGGACGCCUCGAGCUAAUUUGGCCGCAUUUGCUGAUCAUCCAGCCUUGAUUGGCGAUGAUUUUAAUCCUGUAUUUUAAAUCUCUCUCUAAAGCGUUUGCCAUUCCCUCUUCCCCCCCCCAAAGCUCGUGGUCCUGCCCUCUUCCCGUUAAAUAGGUUCCAUCCACACAGAAUGGAUAUACAUCGCUUUUAUGCCAGAUUUGAAGAUCCAACGAUGGUUUUUUUUCUAUCCCCA